AUGGUUCACUCAAGGCUUUUCCGGCUACUCGUGGUCGUCUCUAGCUUGACCCCGUUAUCCCUCGCCGCUUUCCAACAAGUUAGCAACGACCAAUGCAAUUGCUUUCUCACAAAUGGAAGCAGGCCAGAUUACUUCACGAGCCAUAAGUUUUUUGACUAUCGGGAGAAAUCUGAGUAUGCUACAGUGCCAGCCCUCAUUGAUGAUCCCGAUGAUAGCAGUGAAGCCGACCCUACUAGCGACUACUUCUCCUCCAAUGAGUGGGUUGAUAAUUGGACUCUACAAAAUUGGGAUAACAAAGCCUCACUAUCCAGCGGUGUGAGCGAUGCAACGACCCUAAUGGUCAAUUCGCCCAACAAUGUCUAUUUUGAGAAGAAUAACGAUCCGGAUGCCGACUCAAACACAUUCCUAACAAUGAGAACAGCACGCUUAGAUGACUUUCAGACGGCAUCCGAGUUUGAGUCCACGGUUCAAGACUAUCAUUUCCUAUCGGCCAGAAUGUAUGCGAGGACGAUUGGUGCGCCGGGCGCGGUAACCGCAAUAUUUACCUACAGAGAUACCGCCAACAAUACCGAUCUCACCAAGGUUCAGGAAUCAGAUCUAGAAAUCAGAACAAUCGAUCCUCCUGAUCAUGUCCAAUACACAAACCAGCCGUCGUAUACUUCUCUAGGUCUCGAUGUCCAGCAAGCCACCCGGAACGUUACGAUCCCGAAGAAGAGAGACUGGACAAACUGGGCGGUGUAUCGAAUGGAUUGGAGCCCGGGAGCUACGACUUGGUACAUUAACGGUGACGAAGUCGCCUCGAUCUCCUUCCAGGCACCCCGCGAUCCCAGUGUUCUCAUUCUUAACUCGUGGUCAGACGGCGGAUCCUGGUCAGGCAAUAUGAGUGUGGGGAAGGAGGCUUACCUUCAGAUCCAAUGGAUUGAGCUCGUCUACAAUACGACCGGCUCUUCAACAUCGAAGAGAGACGACCAGUCCUGUUUUAACAUUUGUAGCAUCGACGAGACGGAAAAGAUAGGCGCCCCGGUGCUACUACAAGGCAGUGCUUCGAGCAUCCUAGGGCAGAUGGGAAGUUUCGCCGGUAUGGUCUCGUGGGUCUCUGUAUUAUCUAUGGUUACAGCUUUCUGGUAG